UAAUAUUUUUAAUAUUCUAUACGCACCCAUUAACCACGUGAGCUGUGACGUAUUUUUCUGGUUGUAAACAAAAACAUUAUCGUUUAACAAUAUAAUUUGUAAACGUUAUACUAUCUGUUCUAUUUAGGUACACAUAAAGACUGCAAUAUUUCGGUUCUUACAAAGGCAAUUAUGAAGGUUUUUUUGACAAGACGAUUGACUCUUUGUGCAAGUCACCGUCUUCAUGCUCCACAAUUAAGUGACGAAGAUAAUUUACGAAUUUAUGGGAAGUGUAACCCCCCUAAUGGCCACGGACACAAUUAUGAAGUGAAAGUAACAGUUUAUGGUGAAGUGGAUCCUGUUACAGGAAUGGUAAUAAAUGCAGUUGAUUUAAAAGAAUAUAUGCAGAAAGCAAUCAUGGAGCCAAUGGAUCACAAGUGUGUUGAUAAAGACAUUGAUUAUUUCAAGGAUAAGCCAUCAACUGCAGAGAACAUUGCAAUUUACAUUUGGCAACAACUUGAGCCGUAUAUGAAAAAUGAGAAGUGUUCACUUUACAAAGUUCAGUUGUGCGAAACUGAGAAUAUUGUGACAGAAUAUAUGGGUGAAGAAGGUUAAGGGGGUUAAUGGAUUAUAAAAUGCUUUGAACUAAACAUAAAUAGAUAACGAAUUUGUUGUACUGUUUGUUUUUAAAUAGUGUUGUUGCUUUUUAUAUUUCUACUUUAUGCAUCUAGCUCAUUGGUUAAAUCUCCUGUUUGUUAAAAGAUAUUGAGUUUGGAACUAACCACUGCCAUUCAUGUGAACAUGUUUGCUUGGGUAAGCUGCUAAGUGGUAAUUGCUACAACCCAGUGGUCCUUACAGAUUGACCAAAUUGUCAUCAAAAAAAUUAUAAUAUACGAUGCCCGCGGAUCAGCAGGCAUAAGGUGUAUAGUGCUAGAAUGACUUGAUGCUCAGUGGGGAUAAAGAAGUUGCAUUAAUUCAUAUUAAUAGGCCUUUCCAGUUCCAAGGUUUAAUUUAUGCAGUUUAAAUUGGCGAAGUCUUAGAACAUGACAUGCUUAUUAAGCUAACACAUAAAAAAAUCUAUACAUACUGAACUUUUGACAAUGUUUAUAAAAGCAAUUAUUUUUAUUGUUUAUGUAAUGUGUAUAUCGUCGGCGUGAAACUCCACUUCCUGUAUGAAAACUUAAUUCAUACCAAAAUAGCAAUUUUUAAAUUAUGUUAGCAGCAUCCUUGGGAUUUGUUUUCUUUUUUUUUGUUUUUUUUUAAUGUUGUAUGCAAUGAAAAUUAUUAAACUGUGCAAUAAAUGGUGCUGGUAUAUUAGUAAA